AUGACUCUUCCUGGGGUCCGUGGUCAUGUUGGCAGCGUUUCACCGCCUAAUUUGUACAGCGGCACUCUUGCCAACACUGUUGCACCACCCACGCUCUCACCUCCGCCCGAGAAUCCCGUCACGCCCACGAGGGAAGCGCACACAUCGCCCUGGUGGAGUUCGACUGCUUAUAACACGCCGACUUCUCACGCCACUUAUGGUUAUCCAUUCCAUCUUUAUCAGCAGCACGCCAGUCUCGCUGGACCUUUGGUGGGCCAAAGCAACCCAAGCCUCACUCCGCAUCAAACGAACGCCUUCGCACAGGACAACAUUCUUCACCAGCAAAGGCGCGUCGCUACUGCUCUCGACGGGUCUGUUUGUGCUCGGCGUUGUCGACGAUGCCGCUGCUCCAAUUGCCAGGACGCCUCGCGAAAUAGGACAGGCGCCAAGAAGAAGGAACAUAUCUGCCAUGUCCCGGGAUGUGGCAAGCUCUAUGCCAAGACGUCACACCUGAAGGCACAUCUGCUUUUACACACUGGAGAGCGACCUUUCGUGUGUCAGUGGAUGUACUGCGACAAGGCGUUCACUCGCUCCGAUGAACUGCAGCGUCACCUCAGAACGCACACGGGCGAAAAACGUUUUCAGUGUGAACAGUGCGGAAAACGUUUCAUGCGAUCUGAUCAUUACAACAAACACGUCAAGACUCACGAAAACCGACGCGCCCGUAUUGCUUCUCCUGCCGAAGGCGAUGUUGAGUGUGGUGAUACUGCUAACGAUUAUAGCAGGGACAUUCACUCAUUCGCAUUGCCAGAUUCUCCCGUAUCUGAAGCAGAUUUGUAG